UGGGUGGGGGUGGUGGGAAUUUGAGAGGAUGAGCGGGCAAGUGGCGGCUUCUUCCGGCCCGCGGAGGACGAGCCUGCAGCAGAAGCGGGGCCCCUUGGCUUCGGCUUCCAAGAAGUCGCUUCCAACGGAGAACGGCAAUGGCGCGGUGGCCAACAACGGCAACGCCUCCAAGCCCUCUUCGCCUCCUGGCCAAUCUUCCGUUGGGGGAGAGAGGACCGUGAAGAAGCUGAGGUUGUCUAAAGCCCUCACGAUACCGGAGGGAACUACCGUUUCCGAUGCGUGUCGGCGCAUGGCUGCUCGCCGGGUUGACGCUGUUCUGUUGACUGAUACCAAUGCUUUGCUCUCUGGGAUUGUUACUGACAAGGAUAUUGCCACAAGAGUCAUUGCAGAGGGGUUGCGACCAGAGCAAACUAUAGUAUCCAAGAUAAUGACGAGGAAUCCCAUAUUUGUUACUUCUGAUACUUUGGCUAUCGAAGCUCUUCAGAAAAUGGUCCAAGGUAAAUUUAGGCACCUUCCAGUUGUGGAAAAUGGUGAAGUCAUUGCAUUGUUAGAUAUCACAAAAUGCCUCUACGAUGCUAUCUCUAGGAUGGAAAAGGCUGCUGAGCAAGGGAGUGCUAUUGCUGCUGCUGUAGAAGGAGUCGAACGCCAAUGGGGAAGCAACUUUUCUGCUCCAUAUGCAUUUAUUGAAACACUGAGAGAGCGGAUGUUCAAGCCAUCCUUGUCAACUAUCAUCAGCGAGAACAUAAAGGUUGCCAUUGUGUCACCAUUGGAUCCAAUCUAUGUUGCUGCUAAGAAGAUGCGGGAGUUUCGGGUCAAUUCAGUAAUCAUUAUGACAGGAAGCAAGAUACAGGGGAUACUCACUUCAAAAGAUAUUCUUAUGCGCGUGGUGGCUCAAAAUCUUUCUCCUGAGUUGACUCUGGUUGAAAAGGUAAUGACGGCAAAUCCUGAAUGUGUGACGCUAGAGACAACAAUUCUUGAUGCAUUGCAUAUUAUGCAUGAUGGAAAGUUCUUGCACCUUCCUGUCCUUGACAAAGAGGGGUGUAUUGCCGCUUGUGUGGAUGUGCUUCAGAUAACUCAUGCGGCAAUAUCCAUGGUUGAGAACAGCUCCGGAGCUGUUAAUGAUAUGGCAAACACCAUGAUGCAAAAAUUCUGGGACUCAGCCCUUGCUUUGGAGCCGCCAGAUGACUAUGACACCCACAGUGACAUGUCAGCUGCGUUGCCCUCAGAAGGACCAGAGAGCACCAAGUCUGCAUAUCCUUCCCUUGGUCUGGGAAAUUCAUUUGCAUUCAAAUUUGAGGACCUUAAAGGUCGUGUGCACAGGUUAAAUUGCGGUACUGAGAACUUAGACGAGCUUCUAUCUUCCGUGUUGCAAAGAAUUGGAGUUGGUAAUGAUUCGCAGCGACCUCAGCUGUUGUAUGAAGAUGACGAAAGUGAUAAAGUUCUAUUGGCCACUGAUGCUGAUCUUGUUGGUGCUGUCAGCCAUGCAAGAUCAUCUGGACAGAAGGUUGUGAGGUUGCAUCUGGAUUUUUCGGAAACCAGCCAGGAGCUAAGAUCGCCCCCUGCGACAGAUGUGAUGAUGCUGAAAAAGAGCAAGGGGAUGUCGGUGGGUUCUGGAAUUCUGGCAGGCGCAGUCGUCUUGACGAGCAUUGGCAUUUUGGUCUACUUAAAGCGUACGAAACUGUGAAAUUUUCCCGUCGGAGUUACUUUUGUCUUCUUUUGGGGUUCGGGGUGGAUCAGUGAAGCCUGAGCCAAGAUGGUUUUUGACCAAUAAAACCAAGAUGGUUCACUCCAUUAUCAAGUAAUUAAUUACUGGAUAGAUGAUGAUGGAUCCUAUAGGGGUGGGUGAUGAAGAAUGACUUUGGUGGGCUGGCUUCGCUUUAUUUUGUUCCUCGUGUAAAUUACUGAAAUCGAGAAAGCUUACUUCUGGCACUUGAAGAGAAAAAUCAUAUUGACAAGGCCAGAGCUGUUAUGAUCUCCAUUGCAGGGACUAUUACUUUUUUUUCUUCAUCCUUUUUUUCUCUGACAUUUGAAUAUGAGUAAUGUUGAAGACAAUGAAUAGGUAAUCAGAUAGGUCUCUCUAGUCUAGAAGACACUCGUCUUUCAAGAUGGAAAUUUUUUGGCCUCUUUCUUGUGAAAUGCAAGGUGAAUUAUGAGA